AUGAUUUACGAUGCUACCCAAUAAGUAGGAGAGUAAGAAUAUUCACAAUCCUAGUAUACAUUUAACUUAAACUCCUUUCUGAGUAUAUUGAGUAUUCAAUUCAUAGCCUCAUUCCUAUCAAGCAUGCAAAGUUAUUGCUAAAUUUAUGGCAUUACAGAUAUCUGA